AGCUGUUUUAAACUAUUCACUGCUAGAGCUUCCUCUCUUUUGAGCCUACUUGAAGAAGAAGAAAAGAAAAAGAAAAACCUCUAUAAAGACACAGAGAAAGAGAAAGGUUUCGCUGUGAAAAAGCAAAAAAAACGACGUCGUAGAAGCAAGAAGAAGAAGAUGUUUAGGAAUCAAUACGACACGGACGUGACGACAUGGAGUCCGACUGGGAGGCUAUUCCAGGUGGAGUAUUCGAUGGAGGCAGUGAAGCAGGGCUCGGCGGCGAUAGGGCUGCGAUCGAAGACUCACGUGGUCUUGGCCUGUGUCAACAAGACCAAUUCCGAGCUCUCCUCUCACCAGAAGAAGAUCUUCAAGGUCGACGACCACAUCGGCGUCGCCAUUGCCGGACUCACUGCCGACGGCCGUGUUCUCUCCCGGUACAUGCGAUCUGAGGCCAUUAAUCACUCCUUCACUUACGAGUCUCCUCUCCCCGUUGGCCGACUCGUCGUUCAGCUCGCCGAUAAGGCUCAGGUUUGCACACAACGUUCAUGGAAACGGCCCUAUGGUGUCGGUCUUCUGGUAGGUGGCUUAGAUGAAUCUGGUGCUCAUCUUUAUUACAACUGCCCUAGUGGAAACUACUUUGAGUACCAGGCCUUUGCCAUUGGAUCUCGUUCACAAGCUGCAAAGACAUAUUUGGAACGCAGGUUUGAGAACUUCACGAAUUCUUCACGGGAAGAUCUGAUCAAGGAUGCACUUAUUGCAACAAGGGAAACCUUGCAAGGAGAGAAGCUCAAGAGCUCCAUAUGCACAGUUUCUGUGGUGGGAGUUGGAGAGCCGUUCCAUAUAUUGGAUCAAGAAACUGUACAACAAUUGAUAGAUACAUUUGAGCUUGUGACGGAGGAAGAGCCUCCUGCUCCUGAACCUGCUUCUGAACCAGCUGCUGCUGAUCAGGGUGGGGCAGAACAGGGUGCAGGUGCUGAGCAGGGUGCCGCACCUGAUGAAGGCGUGGCUCCAAUGGAUAUUUAGGAUGCAAGGACUAGCCAUGGUCUCUGUAUUGGUGUCUGCAGAUGUUUUCUGCCAUGUGUUUGCAGAAAAGAGUACGGCACCAAUGAAGACCUCAGUUUCUUCCUCAUUUUUUUUUUCUUUUUGGCAUGCUUGCUAUUACCUCAUUAGUGCAAAUGACUGGCACUGGUGAACCUAGAUUUACAUUUGACGUUUAUACUUGAGAUAAAUUAUGAACUUUGUGGUUAUGUUUCUACUGUUAAGUAUCAUGAUAUUCAGGUAUUCAGCA